UUGAAAUCAAAAGGAAAGAAAAAGGGGAGGGGGCGGGGGAAGAGGAAAAAUCAAGAGAGCUGGAAAGGAAGAGUGCGAAGUCUUGGAUUGGAGGGUUUCGAUUGACGGCUCUAGACGCUCGUUCAUCCCUGUCUAUCUAUCUCUCUCUUUCCUUUUUUUCCGGUCGUCGGCAACCGGCCGCCGGGCAUCUUCUCGACCACCACUGCCUUUCCGGUCGCGCGGGCGGCCUCUCCUGGAUUUGCUUCUCCUUAUACGGCAGGCGGCGGAGGCCCCCCUCUAUCUCUUCUCCCCCUCCCGUCUGUCUGUCUGUCUGUCACGGACUCUCUCCUCAACCACCGUCUUUAUCGGCCCUCUCUCUCAGUCAGUCCCAGCGGCCAAAGCACAGUUUGGCCCUUCUCAACCUCUUCUUCCCCGAGCAAGAUUCUCCAUCUCCUCCCGCUUCUCCAACAUCAAAAGCAUUCUCCGCCGGAGCGUGAACAGAUCGCAUCCAGUUCGGCCCUCUAGCUAGCCUAUAAUUCCCUAUCCUGUUCAACAUCAGAGAGACUGCACGAAGACAUCCAAGCACUGCCCAGUUCAUCGUAGCAGCUUCGAAAGCUCGUCAGAAGCUUGACCGAUGACACGAAGCCCACCGAGCUUAAUCGGGUAGCUCGCGUUCCGUACUACCCGGAUAGUUGUUUUAGGUCGUAAAUUUGAAGGUGCCCUUUGGGAGCUUUGAGGCAUCUUGAAUUUGAGGUUAAGCAUUAAAUCAGUCUUUAGGAGCUUCUUGGUAGUUAGGAGGGAAACGAAACAGGACAAGAUCAGCUCAGGACUCAUGUCUCUACCAAAUGACAAGAAUGGAAAUAUGUCUUUCAACUCCCAGCUAUCAGCUCAUUUGUUUAGUGAUCUCCUUGAUUCCAUAAUCGUCGAUGUUGCAUCUGAGUGCCAUCGAACAGCAAGGUUGGGCCUUGAUUGUAAUCUAGAAAUUGAGGAGGAAGAAUUGAGGCUUUCUGCAGAAGCUCGUGCGAGAUUAUCUGAUCCUAGUAAUGGUGGUGAUGUCAAUGGGAAGUACAUAGUGGAUAUUUUUGGACAAACACAUCCCCCUGUAGCGAAUGAUAUAUUUGAGUGCAUGAACUGCGGACAGUCAAUCAUGGCUGGAAGAUUUGCUCCUCAUUUGGAGAAAUGCAUGGGGAAGGGUAGGAAGGCUCGUUUAAAGGCCAGAAGGAGCAGCAGACUUGCACAGAAUCGCUAUGCUCGUGGGAGCUAUGUUUCAUCGCACUCACAGUACUCGAGCACGAGCCAGUUAUCAAAUGAUACAUCAGAUACUACUGGCGAGGGGUACUCAAAUGGCGCAUAUGAAGAUCCAUGAAAGGAAUGAGGAAAGCGUUUUGAGUGUAAAGAAGUAGCUUGGGAGCAAAAGAUUUAUCCAUAUCAUCUCCUCCUUCCUUACUGUUGCACUCUAAUGAAAUACAGCAUGCUGUCAUGGGUCUUAUACACAUUGAUUCAAUCCACUUGUAAUAACGAAAUAUCACUACAAUAACGAAUAUCACUACAAGUUGGUCUGUGACA